AUGUUGCAAGAUCCCGCUCGUUGCAAUAUGAUCCACUGUUCAGAUGCGAAAGAUAAGCUUCGAGAAGACCGGAGGGGGAAACGUCGAGCUCCAACACAGCUGGAUCUAUGUGAGCCCAGUGAGCAUCUCAGACAUGGGAUCGGAAGCUGCUUGUCAGCUCGAAGGGAGGGAGGAGCAAAGAGUCACGACGAGAAGGAGAAAGAGAAGGUGAAGGAGAGAGAGAGAGAGGAAGACGAGCGGGACUGUGGAUGCAGCUUUCGGCAGCAGGGAAAAACCCCCAAAAAGCCAGUUGUGUCCAUUCGUGCUGGCGUGUUCGCCCAAGCGGCACAAACCCAGUCAUGA